AUGAUAAAUACUACAUUAUAUUCAAAUAAGAGAUAGCCUUUUUACAGAUUAUUAAUAUUUUAUUAAGAUAACAAAAACUAAAAACAAGCUAUGUCCGAAUCAUUGUGGUAAUUAAUAAUCAGGAUAUUGCCAUGCAGAAACAGGAGGGUGUGCUUGUUCUUCAUAUUUUGUAGACUUGGAUUGCUCUAAAUAGGCUUAACGCUUAUCUUUAGAACAACCACUUAAGAAUAUUGCAACACAAAAAAAGGAAUAUUUCUAUUUUUAAAAGGAGAAAUUGAUCUCCAACAUAACCUUGAGUUUGGGUUUGAUGAAUUCCUAAAAUCAUGCUUUUAUUUAUAUGAAACCUUUCAAUGUGGACUGGCAAACGAAGCAUUUUUCAAUUAUUACAUUUCUUUUCAUGAUCAAUCCUCUCAAUCUGUGUAAAUAGAGAUAUCUCCAUUGAUAUACGACCAAUAUAUUGAAAGAUUCUAAAGAUUAUUGAUCACUGUCACAAAAUAAACACCUAUUCUCAUAUUUAUUUCAGCAAACACAUCCUCCUUAGGUGUCAGUCACGAAAUGGAUUAAAAUCUCGUCAUUGUGUAUGUACUAGUCUCAAUAGCCAUUUUGUUGUUGGUGGCUUGGAUUAUUAUUAUACUGAUAAGAUUUAGAAAAAGUUCAAGAGUGCAUGAAGAAACUAAUACAAUACCCAAUUCACAAAUCAAUAGUAAUAAUAAUUAUAAUAAGAGAAGGAAUAAAUCUAGUUUGAACCUAAAUCUUCUAGAUUAAUACAUGCCAAAAUUAUUAUAUUCUUAAAUCUUAGAAUUCCCAAAGUGUUAGGAAUUAGAAGUUUAGGAAGCUUGUUUGGUUUGUUUAUUGGAAUAUUAAAAAAAUGCCAUUUGUAGACUCACUCCUUGUCAUCACAUCUUCCAUUCUGAUUGCUUAUAUCAAUGGGUAAUGAAGUAUGAGAACUGUCCUUUGUGUAGAACUGCCUUGGAUCAAAAGUCAUUGAAAGAAUUGUACAAUAAAAAUCUUAAUCACACUUUUAAUUUGUACAAACAAAAGGACAAGCAACCUAAUUAGAAUGUUGUAUUGCAAAGUCAGUUGUUCUCAAAUGCUCAAACAGAACUAAGAAUGAUUGCUCAUAAUUCAAGCGAUAAUCAAUGA